AUCCCUUAUAACUAAUUCCAUUGUGAUUAGUAUUAUCACUCAUUUAUUAUUUGUGUAAAUGUGUAGUGGAACUGGAACUGAAUGUUGUUUUCUGUUGUUUUGCAAGUGCUGAUUUUGGGAUUGGCUAUUUCUGCUAAAAUUAUCAUAGGGGUGGUUAUUAUUAUAUGGGUCAUGCUAACUAGUGCCCACGGAACCAGUUAAGGACACAAAAAAGAACAACAUGUUAAUAGGAAUGUGAUGGUGGAGGACAUGAAGGUCGCUGUUGCGGUCGAGCAAAGGGGAGGAGAUAGAUUUGUUAGGGGAGAAGAAGUUGAGAAGAGGGUUAGAGAGUUGAUGGAAUCUGAGAGAGGCACAGAGAUAAGAGAGAGGAGUUUGAAGUUCAAAGACAUGGCUAGAGAUGCACUUGGAGUAUUUGGGUCAUCCACAAAAGCAAUCAAUCACUAGUAACUUAUUCUAUUGUGAUUAGUAUUAUCACUCAUUGAUUAGUGUAAAUGUGUAGUGGAACUGGAAGUGAAUGUUUUCUGUUGUUUUUCAAGGUAAAUUUUGCAUUUUUGUUGUUGCUGAAUUGCAUGAUUUUGCAUCUAUAUUAUAUUAGAAAAUUUAUUAAAAAUUGAGACUCCAAUAUCUAAACUGUUCCUGUACCAUUUGGCCCUGGUUGCUUUUAUCCUAAUCCAUUUUAGCUCCUUUCUUGUUGUAAUCACUUUGGAUAGGAUAAAUACUGCAUGUUUUUUAUAAAUGAAAAUGUGGAUCCAAAUAGCUUAGUAAUCAGGACUGGUCUGACUUCUGAUAGAGUUGGUUCAAUUUCAAAGCUCAUUGUCAAUCUAUGGACCUUGUCUACUUUAUGCUCUUUAGGGUCUAUUUGGAGGAGCGGGGAGGGAAGGACUUUGCGGGGGAUGGCGGAGAAGAAAUAGAGAUAAAUUUUAGCCUUAUUUGACUUAGUGUUUUUGUAAAGAAUUAUAAAUGAAUGUUUAUGAUUAAUAUAUUUUUAAUGUUUGAGAGCAUUAUAACAAUAUGGGCAUGGAUUUCAAGAAUUUAUCCAGGUCUUCCAAAACCUACCUUCGAUACAAUUAGUCCAAUUCAAGUUGAAAAAGUAAACUGAACGGUACAAUUAGUCCUUUUUCUUCUGAUUCAAUGCCAGAAAUACGUCUUAAAUGAACUCAGUUUUCAGCAUCACCAUGUGUUGUGACCAAAUCAAGUAACCAAAGAAAAUGGUAGAAACCACAACAAUAGUGAUGUAUCCAUCACCAGGCAUAGUUCACAUAAUUUCCAUGGUAGAAAUAGCCAAACUUCUAAUUCAUCAUCAUAAUCAAGAACAACACUUUUCCAUUACAAUCCUUCUUACCACUGGCCUCCUCGACCACCCAUCCAUCGAUUCUUACAUAAACGGCAUUUCAUCUUCUCACCCUUCCAUCACCUUUCACCGUUUUGCUUCCAUCACUGUUGCUCGCUCCAACACUCAAAGUUUAUCCGCAACUGGAUUCCAAUUUAUAAAACAAAAUGUUGUCAACGUCGAAUCCAAACUCCGUCAAAUCACUCAAACCACAGUUAUCAAAGUCUUUAUUAUUGAUAUGUUUUGCACUCCUGCCAUGGAAAUUGCUUCCACCAUGGGAAUUCCUGUUUACUAUUUCUUCACUUGUGGAGCUGCUGCUUUGGCUUUGUAUACCUACUUACCAAAAAUUCACAGCGAAACAACGGUGUCAUUUAAAGAAAUGGUGGGAGUUGAGAUUCUGGUGCCAGGAAAUUCAGCAUUGAAAGCAGAGUUGAUGCCGACACUGGUUCUUGAUAGGGAAGAUCCUGUUUAUUGGGAGAUGCUGUAUUUCUGUGAGCAACUUUCAAUGGCGAACGGAAUCGUGGUGAAUACAUUUCGUGAAUUGGAAGUUGUGGCGGUUAAGGCUGUUGAAGAUGGCGUGUGUUUUCCGGAUAUCAAAAGAAGUCCGCCUCCCAUUUACUGCAUUGGGCCAUUGAUUGCUGACCCUCAACAAUCAGAUGAAGCAAGAGACACCAAAGAUUGUCUGUCAUGGUUAGAUAAACAGCCGAGUAGAAGCGUGGUGUACUUGUGUUUUGGAAGCCGUGGAGGACAUGAAGGUCGCUAUUGCGGUCGAGCAAAGGGAAGGAGAUAGGUUUGUGAGUGGAGAAAAAGUGAAGAAGAGGGUUAGCGAGUUGAUGGAAUCUGAGAGAGGGACAGAGAUAAGAGAGAGGAGUUUGAAGUUCAAAGACAUGGCUAGAGAUGCACUUGGAGAAUUUGGGUCAUCGACAAAAGCACUUGCAAAUUUGGUUCAAACAUGGAAUGAAAUCAAUCACUUAUACCUAAUUUCAUUGUAAUUAGUAUUAUCACUCAAUUAUUAUACCAGUUCAUUCAUUUUAGGUCCUUGGUUGUUUCACUUUUGUCCUUGUCUACUUUUUGUUCAAAACUACUGGAAUUAUGUUGCAGACAAUGUGAAAAAAGCAUGUUUUACUUUGGAAACCAUUGUUUUGAAAAUAUUGAUUU